ACGACAGGUCACAUUACAAUUGUUUGAUAAACUUAAAUUUUCGCGUGUUACUUGUCAAACUUUCACUCCACAUUGUUUCUUAACGACGUGGCUCAACAUUAUAUGUGAUACAUUUAGUUGUUAAAUGACCGUCCAUAACUUGUACAUAUUUGAUCGGAAUGGAAACUGUCUCUAUUACAACGAGUGGAACCGAAAGAAGCAGGCGGGAAUCUCGAAAGAGGAGGAAUAUAAGCUGAUGUACGGGAUGCUGUUCUCCAUCCGCUCAUUCGUCAGUAAAAUGUCUCCUCUGGACAUGAAGGACGGCUUCCUGUCCUUUCAGACCAGCAAGUAUCGUCUUCAUUACUACGAGACUCCGACUGGACUAAAGUUUGUCAUGAACACAGACCUGUCAGUGUCCAACGCCAGAGAGACACUGCAGCACAUCUACAGCAAUCUCUAUGUGGAGUACAUAGUGAAGAACCCUGUGUGUGUGUUGGGCAACACUUUGGACAGUGAACUGUUCAGCAGCCGAUUGGACGCUUUCAUCAGAGCUCUGCCGUACUACAGUCCCCGCGCCGCCUGAUGCACACGUACACACACACACACACACACACGUACACACAGUGUUGUAUUUAUUUGUUUGUGUUUUUGUAUCUUCACCCUGAGUGUAAACAUGACUCGGCAGAAGAACUCGACCGUUGAAAUUAAACUGAUGUUUGUGACUCUGG